GCUUUUUCUUCUCAGCCCAGGCAUUGGCUGCGGGAGAUGGACGCGUUCUUUUCCCCACCCAGUCUUUCCUCCAGUUCUAGAUACUUUAAUGGUUCCAGCUGCCGCGUGAGCUGAAAGAAGGGUCGCUGUCGCCGCUGCUAUGAAUAUCCGGAAUGCGAGGGUUCGAGACCUGGGCCCGAGGAUCUGAUGAACAUGCAACACUGCAACCUCCUUUGUUUGCCAGAGAACUAUCAAAUGAAAUAUUACUUCUAUCAUGGACUCUCCUGGCCACAGCUCUCCUACAUUGCCGAGGAUGAGAACGGCAAGAUUGUGGGCUACGUGCUGGCCAAAAUGGAAGAAGACCCUGAUGAUGUCCCCCAUGGUCACAUUACAUCCUUGGCAGUCAAGCGUUCCCACCGACGCCUGGGCCUGGCCCAGAAGCUGAUGGACCAGGCUUCGCGGGCCAUGAUUGAGAACUUCAAUGCCAAGUAUGUCUCACUGCACGUACGUAAGAGUAACCGUGCAGCGCUGCAUCUCUAUUCCAACACUCUCAAUUUCCAGAUCAGUGAAGUGGAGCCCAAAUACUACGCGGACGGGGAAGAUGCAUACGCUAUGAAGCGUGACUUGACGCAGAUGGCGGACGAGCUGCGGAGGCAAGUGGACUUGAAGGAGAAGAACAAGCACUCUGUCCUGGGCUCCAUUGAGAACAAGGGUGGUGACCACAAGGCCAACCACGUGGGCGAGUGCUGCCGGGAUGACAAAUGCCCAGGAACCGUGGUGGGCACUGGGCCUGGGGCUGAAGACAGUGGGGACAGCAAGGAUGUCAGUGAGGUUAGCGAGGCCACAGAGAGUACAGAUGUCAAGGACAGCUCAGAGGCCUCUGACUCUGCCUCCUAGCAAGGACUUUCACCAUGCCCUUCACUCCAGCUGAAGGAUUUGUAUGCUGCAGAGGAUCUUUGGGCCCUGUCUUUGACUAGGCGAUAGGCUUCUACAGGUGGAUUGGAAAUAAAAGUUUACAGAAUCAGAAA